UAACAGAGAACAUAGCAAACACCACAACCCCGUAUCCAAAAAUUGACCAUUUUUAAUUCAUAACUGUUGCGGCCGCCAAUAUUGGGUUAUCUUUAGGAACUCAAACAAAGGCGUCAACCACCUGACUCCGUAGAAACCCAUAGAGAGAGAGAGGGAGGCGCCAGGCCGAAAACAAACAAUAUCAAAAGCCCCAUGUCGAAAAACAAAACAGUGCUCGGGGGCAAAAGAGAAUUGAAAAACAGAGGAAACAUGGGGAGGCUCUGGAAAAGGGCGUCCGGGGCGCUGAAAGACCGCAACAGCAUCCUGGCAGCGAGCCUAGCGCGGAAGACGGCGCACCGCCACCCCGGGGUUGAGUUGUCGGUGAUCAAGGCCACCAGCCACGACGACACAAAAGUCGAUUACGACGCAGCCAGGGUGGUGUUCAGGUUUAUCUGCUCGUCUCCCGUGUGCUUCCGGGCCUUCCUGUGGGCCCUCUCCCACCGAAUGGAGAGGACCCGCAGCUGGGCCGUGGCGCUCAAGGGAGUCAUUUUAAUGCAUGGUGCCUUGGGUUGCGAUUCUAAGGCGGUGAGGACGAUCGGACGGUUGCCGUUCGACCUGUCGAAUUUCAGCGACGGACACGGAAACCCAAAGAAGAUGUGGGGAUUCAAUGACUUUGUUCGGGCUUAUUACGCUUUUGUGGACCAGAAAUCUGCCCUUAUGUCUGUCUAUCUUCAGGAACGAAAGGCACAAUCAAAAUACGCCAUAGCAGAAUCCAAAACGGAAAGCUCCAUGUUGCAACCACUCAUUUGGCUCCAAAGACUGCAGGGAUUGCUCGACCUGUUGCUUCAAAUCCAACCCCAAACCCAAGGCAUGAACGAAGCUGUUCUCAUUCUAGAAGCCAUGGACUGUGUCAUAAUCGACGUCUACGGAAUCUACAGCAAAAUCUGCAACGGCAUCGCCAAAGUUCUACUGAACAUUUGUUCCGCGGGGAGAACCGAGGCCUCAAUGGCACUCCAAAUCCUGCACAAGUCGAGAGAGCAGGGCGAAGAGCUCUCGAUGUUUAUCGAGCGCUGCAAGGAGCUGAAGGUCGCGAACGCUUUGCAGUGCCCGAGAGUGGAGCAAGUCACCGAGAGAGACUUCCGGGAGGUCGAGCGGAUGGUAAGUGGAGUGUCUGAGGCGGAUACGGAUUGUUCUGUUUUCGAAACGGGUAAGGCGGUUGUUGCAGUGAGGGAGGACCGGGUGGCGGACAGAGAGGGGGAUUCGAAGCGGAUGAAGACGGUGAUUACCAAUGAUUGGGAGGUGUUUGAGGAAGAUUUGAUCAAGUUUAGUGGAGAGAUUGGAAGUGGUGAUAUGGGAAGAAGAAGAAGAAGAAAUGGUGGUGAAGAAGAAGAUCCUUUUGCAGCCUCUUUGGUUCCAAUUCCUUACCAAGCAUAUGUGAAAAAUCAAGAAGUUCCUGAUUUAAUUAGCUUCUUAUAGUGUUUUUCGAGGUUGGUGUUCGCAAUUUCUCUUUGAAUAGGUUCAUCAACUUCUCAAAGCGCAGAAAGCCAAAAGUAUGGGUUUCUAUCGGAUCGAGAGAAUGAAAUCAAGUUUGACCUGUUGUCUGCAGCUGAUAGAUUUCCGCUCCUUAAUUCCAAAGUAAUUAAGGUUGUGGAAAUCCGUUUGAACAAGAGAUAUGUGUUUUUGUUUCCCAAAUUCUGGAUUCCAAGCUAUGGCGACGUCCCCUUAUUGGCUCGUGGAAGUUAUCGUACGUUCUGCAGGCUAGCCUUGUUCGCCGUACAUCGUGCGCGUAUUCCUUUUAAGGGCAUUACUUACGGACUUUCAUGCAUAAUUAGAUGAAAUCUGGAUGUAUGUUUUCUUUCUUCAAAAUAUUCUGAAGUGACUGACUGUAUGUGUGGAAGUUUUCUGUGUUCGGCAUAUCAGGUGAUUUAUGUUUUGGCUGGCUGACCUUUUGGUUGGAAUUGGAGUGUAGUCCAUGUUGGCAAAUUGAAUCAUGUGAUCCUAGCUAACAUGAGUCCUAGUUAGUAGUAC